AUGAACCGGACUCCCCCCGCUCUCGGCGAUACUGGUCACCCUGAAGACCGCGUCAUUCGCAUCGUCAACCUCUGCCAUGAGGCUGACGGUGAGAAUGUCCGCGACUUCUUCGGCGAUGACUUCACUGUCAUCGACUUCAUGCGGGGCGUCAAGUACGUGCUCCUUGCAACAGAGCAAGAGCGUAUCAAUGCGCAGGCUCUAUCCGGCGGGAAGAUCCUCGAUCGUGAGCUGGCGACAAGCUCCUACCUCCUAGCAAUGACAAGCAUGCUCGAGCCUUCAGCGCUGAUGAGCCGCGUGAUGAAGUUCCUCCUGCUGUUGGUGACGUUGAGGCAUUCUCUUUACUGGGCAUGGCGGCGAUCCCUCGCGUGGCACCUCGUGCGCUCACCACCGCACCGACUCGCAAAUCAGCCGGCACAGCAGCGCGCUAUGCAAAAUCGACUCUUGUUCAUGAACAACGUCGAUCAAGGUCCUGAGGUCAACGAGACGUCGUUCCGUCGAUAUUUCGGCAAGUACGCGGUCAUCGACGUGAAGCGUCCGCUUGACCCGCGUAGCAAUACGCCGCAUCCUACAGCUUUCCUCAUGUUCUCAUCUGCUGAGGACCGUGACGAAGCGCUCCAUUCGCUCAAUAACGUGCCCGUGCAAGGUUGCAAGGUUGCUCUGGAGGUACCCAAGACGCUUCAGAAUGUCGACGAAUAA